AUGUUCUCCGUGCCCCAGACCCUGCAGAACGUGUUGAAGGAGCUGCUCAUCCAACUGCAGGACCGGCACUAUAGGGUCUUUUAUACACACUGGGUGGACACCACCAUCCUUCGCUUGGCUGUGAGUUACUGGGAGAAGCUCCUGGUGCCCCAGGAGCUGCAUGGUGCCAGGAGCCCCAGCAGCUCUGCCGGUCGCUCACUGCUGGCUUGCUUUCAGAUACUGGCCAGCAGUGACCUGCAAGAUGAGGAGUUUGCUCCAGUGUACCUAGUCAUGAGGUUUCUGAGGCAACGAAGACCAGCGGUGCUCUCCCUGUUGCUCAGGGCCAUGAUGACGCUGUCACAGAGAGGAGAGAUGGCCAGAAAAAUGGAGGUCAUGCUGCCAGACCUGAUGUGGGUCCUGCAGUACGGCAAUAAGGCCAUCAAGAUGAAGGCUCUGGUCAUCUUCAGAAACGUGAUGGCUCAGCUGGAGAGGGAGAAGGCCAGUCCCAUCGCUGUGCGGCUGGCAGAAUUUCUCCUGCCCUUCUUUGAUGACGAACUGAGCCAGCUGAGAAAGAUCUCCAUCAGCCUCUUCAGAGACCUGAUGAAGAUGGUGGUGGGGAAUGACAAGAGAAAGAUGAAGAACAUGGUGCGACUUGGCCUGCUCCCUCUCUUCUUCCGAAUGAGUGACCAAGUGCAGAGCGUGGCCAAGGUUGCCAGGGAAGCCCUCCUCGGUGCAGCAGAGCUGCUCAGGUGGAAACAGCUUGAAGAUCUGGUGCAGGCACAGCAGAAAUGGAGGAUUGGAGAGAGCUUGCUGGAGCAGGACAGGAGCAGGGCUGAAGAAUACUUGAGUCAGAGCCUGCUGUACCUGGGGGAUGCUCAGGCCAGCUUGCGAGAGGCCGCCUUGAGGUUCAUCGCCAUUCAGCCCUUGGAGCAGGACAGCGAACCCUCCAUCUGCUCCCUGGCAACUCAGACUAUUGUCACUGUGUGCUCUUCAUGGAAGCGGCCAAGAUCUCGAUGGACCCUGCGAGCCCUGUGCUGCUGGCGCUAA